AAAUGGUUGAAUUCGGAGAGGAAUCAAAAAAACAAGAACGAGGUCAUUUUUUUUAUCCUCUGAUCAUACUUUGCGCUACAAGCAUACUAGAGGCUUAGUAUAUUGAUCAGGAAUGUGAUUUGGAUUUGGCCUUGUUUACACAUUUAGUAUUCUAUGGAAAUAUAGUUAUGACAGUCUAUACUUUGGUCAGUUUUCUACCCAGGUUCAUUUUUCUAUUUAAAUAGGGGUGAAAAUCUUAUACUAAACUUGGUAUUCGCAAUCUUGGGUAUUUGUUGUUCUCUUUACAUGUUCUCUUUGUUAAUUUAUGGAUUUACGUUGUUUUUAUCUGAUAAUGAUUGUGUAAAUGAGGCUCCUGUACUUUACUUCUUUUUGUAGUUCUACGUAUUGGUAUGACAUCAUUGUGAAUUAGGCUAAUGGAAUCACGUUUAUCAUUGUUGUUGUUGUUAUUAUUGGCGUCAUUUUGAAGAUAUUGAUAGAUGUUUGCAGAGGGAGAUGAGGAGUAAUUAGAUGAAUAAUAGUAAUACAUAAAUAUAAUAUAAUCA